GAAGAGAGGGACUAAUUUUGACCAAGACUGCUUCGAAGACGACCAGAUCGAGCCGGGGACGAGAAACUUAUAACGAAACUAUAGUACUCCAUGGGAACUGAACGUAAAACCCUUUCAAUGGCGACAGUCUCACUCCCAAUAUGCUUCUUGCUUGUGACCAUUUUAUCUCCCCUCGUUUUCCAAUCCUUCGCCUUUGAUCCUGAAAAUCCAACCGAUCGACGAAUCCUCGUCAUUUUGGACGAUUCAUCUCUCAAAUCUUCUCACUCCAUUUUCUUCCAAUCUCUUCAAUCUCGUGGAUACAACCUCGAAUUCAAGCUUGCAGAUGAUCGCAAAAUCUCUCUUCAACGCUAUGGACAUUACUUAUACGAUGGUGUCAUUCUAUUUUCUCCUUCUGCUGAUAGUAUUGGAGACGGAUCGUUGAAGUUGGAUGAUAUUUUGGACUUUGUUGACUCUGGCCAUGACUUGAUUCUUGCUGCUAAUGUCAAUGCUUCUAAUUUCAUUCGUAAUGUUGCUUCAGAAUGUGGUGCUGAUUUUGUGGAAGAUACGGAAGCUGUAGUUAUAGAUCACACAAGCUUUUCAGUAUCAGAAAUUGAUGGGGAUCACUCGUUAAUUGCUAGUGAUAAUUUCAUAAAAUCUGCUGCCAUAUUGGGGAAAGAGAAGAUUCAGGCUCCUGUGUUGUUUAGGGGAAUCGCACACUCUGUCAAUGCUGGUAGUAGCCUGGUAUUGAAGGCUCUCUCAGCUUCUCCAGCAGCAUAUUCUGCUAACCCAAAUUCCAUGCUUUCAAAACCUCCAGCCUUGAUUGGCACUUCCAUCUCCCUUGUUUCGGUUCUCCAGGCUAGAAACAAUGCUCGAGUUCUAAUUUCUGGAUCCUUAGAUAUGUUUAGCGACCGGUUUUUAAGGUCAAGUGUCCAAAAAAUUGGGACCUCACUGAAGUAUGAAAAAUCUGGUAAUGAACAAUAUUUAAUGGAGUUGAGUAAAUGGAUAUUUCAUGAGAGAGGUCAUUUAAAAGCUAUCAAUGUCAAACAUCAUAAAUUUGGGGAAUCAAAUGAACCUUCCAUCUAUCGCAUCAAUGAUGAGCUGGAAUACUCUGUAGAGAUAUAUGAGUGGUCUGGAACUAAUUGGGAGCCUUAUGUAGCCGAUGAUGUACAAGUAGAAUUCUACAUGAUGAGCCCCUACGUAUUGAAGACCUUAUCCAAUGAUAAGAGGGGUUUAUAUCAUACAUCAUUUAGGGUCCCAGAUGUUUAUGGGGUUUUCCAAUUCAAGAUUGAGUAUCAGAGACUUGGUUAUACAAGCUUGUCUAUUUCAAAACAGAUUCCAGUACGACCAUUCAAGCAUGACGAAUAUGAAAGAUUUAUACCAGUGGCUUUUCCUUAUUAUGGAGCUUCUUUUUCAACGAUGACCGCCUUCUUUAUCUUCAGUGUUCUUUACCUGUAUCACAAGUAGAGGCCCUUCUGUAUACUGUUUGUGCUGUGAGGAUUAAUUCGCAAUACUGCAUACUAUUUGUGCUGUGAGGAUUUCUUCGCAAUCCUCUCACCUUCCGUUGCAUCAACAUGAUGUUUUAGGUAAUUACAGGGCUAGGCAGAAUUAUCUGUAUAGCCAAGGUCCCUAGAAAUAGUUGAUCCAAGAAACAUCUGAAGAUAACUGUUUAAAGAGGCUGUAUUAAUGAAUGCAAGGAUUUUGUUAUGCUGUUAAGCUGGGUUGUUGACUUUAUUAUGUACUUCUAUUACUUCCUCUGUCCCUCUCAGUUGCAUCACUUUUCAUAUUAGUUUGUUCCACUUAUUUUGUGCC